AUGGUUAAAGCUGCUGUUCUCGGUGCCUCUGGUGGCAUUGGCCAACCCCUCUCUCUUCUCCUGAAAAUCUGCCCUUUGGUUGAAGAGCUUGCUCUUUUCGAUGUCGUCAAUACUCCUGGUGUCACCGCGGACUUGUCUCACAUCUCUUCCAUUGCUAAAACCUCUGGAUUCCUCAAAGAUGACGAUGGCUUGAAGAAGGCCCUUACUGGCACAGACGUUGUCAUUAUCCCCGCUGGAAUUCCACGCAAACCCGGCAUGACCCGGGACGACCUCUUCAAAAUAAAUGCUGGUAUUGUCAAGGAAUUGGUCCAGGGCGUGGCCGACCACUGCCCCAAGGCUUUCGUUCUCAUCAUCUCCAACCCCGUUAACUCUACCGUCCCUAUUGCCGCUGAAGUCCUCAAGGCCGCUGGCGUCUUCGACCCAAAGAAAUUGUUCGGUGUUACCACCUUGGAUGUUGUCCGUGCUGAGACCUUCACUAAGGAGUUCUCUGGUCAAAAGGACCCUUCCAAGACUGUGAUCCCCGUUAUCGGUGGUCAUUCUGGGGAAACCAUUGUCCCAAUGUUCAGCCAGGCCAAGCCUGCUUUCAAUAUCCCAGCAGACAAAUAUGACGCUCUUAUUCACCGUGUUCAAUUCGGUGGAGAUGAAGUUGUCCAGGCUAAAAACGGCGCCGGAUCUGCCACCCUUUCAAUGGCAUAUGCAGGAUAUCGAUUUGCGGAGCGCGUCAUCAAAGCCGCUAAAGGCGAGAAGGGCAUUGUCGAAUCUACUUUCGUUUACCUCCCAGGUGUCCAGGGUGGUGAGGAAAUCAUCAAACAAACCGGAUUGGAAUUUUUCUCCACCCCAGUUGAGCUUGGAACGUCCGGUGCCGAGAAAGUCAUCAACAUUCUUGGUAGCGCCACCGAGAAGGAAAAGCAGCUCCUCGAAGUCUGCUUUAAGGGCCUCAAGGGCAAUAUCGAAAAGGGCAUUGACUUUGUCAAGAACCCUCCUGCUCAAAAGUAA